UAAACUUAAUUCAAUGGUUGCGUAUGCACAAUCCUACCAUCGGAAGUUCAGUAAGACAUAGAGUAGGUAAGACAAAGAGAUAAAUGAUUAAUUACAGAAAGUCCCUUUGAAUCUAUCCCAAUUACAGAUAAAAUAGACAAAGUAAACAAAGUGUAUUAAUUCCGGGAACAAUAUAAAUUCAAUCUAAUCGACAUAUCGCAAUCUACUUUCGAUACGCCACUGUCAUUAUCCAUUAAACAGGAAUGUGGUCAAGCAAUCAUUUUCCGUUAUCCUGCUGCGUAUCUCUUAAACAUCAGUACAGAGGCUAAAUCACUUUCAAAACGAAUUAAGCAAGAAUAACCACGUGUCACUACAGUUUAGCAUAAGGCUGUUUGCUUUGAGCAGACAAUUAUCCAAAAUGGACCCCUUGACCCGAAUAGUAUCUUAUACUUUGUUAGUUGGUGCAGUGAUUAUUACGGAAGUAUAUUGCAGAAAUUCGACUGGCCAUGGACAUAACGUGACUUACACAAUGGCUCAGGUGCUUUCAAAUAAGCCGCCGCAACAACGUAUCGAAUCUUCUUUUAACUCGAAUAUACCAGUGUGGGUACAUCCUCACAAUGCUACCAACCCAAGAAUAGACGCUUGGUCUGACUCGAGAUCAAUCCGCAGACCGCACCAUUACACGAAUAACAGUCGCAUACCUGUGUAUUCCAAUUUAGGGCACAAAAAAGAAGAACCUCAUCGCAAUGCGUCUGUCCCUAAAUACGACGUCGCUGACGACGAGUUAAGAAACUUUGCGGAAGAAGUGUUGCGAAGAGACGAUAACAAUGCCCAUAGAUAUCUCACAGUGAAUUAUCAAGGGAAAACCACCUCCCGUUCCGAUAAAGAUCUCGCUCCAGAACCAUUGUUGCGUGUGCAUGAAAACGUCAACAGGAUUCCGACAAUUAGUAAAAUUAGACGCUUAUACGAUAACUAUAUUCCUUUAGUUGAGAAUAACGAAGAAGUGACUGGCGAAGAAAUGCGGGAAGAAGACGAAUUGCUCGAUGCGAUUAUCAGUACGAACGUUAUGGAUUAUACUAGAAACUUCUUAGUGUCAAAAGGUGUAAUUGGUAAUGAUCCACUAGAGUUUAAAAAUGUUCUGAAAGAAAUGUGGUUCACUUUAUAUCCAAGAAGGAAGGGAAGGUAUGGCUCCAGUGGUUUUGAACACGUAUUUUUGGCGGAAAUAAAAAACGGCGAAGUUUCUGGUUUUCACAAUUGGAUUUAUUUCCAUCAUCAGGAAUUGAAUAAUAACGUUAAUUAUUUAGGAUAUUUGAAAGUUGUGGAGUUUGGAAAUAAAGGCGCAAUUUUGAAGCACCAUUUCACAUUUAACGGAUACGAUAAACCUGUCGACUCACUCUUUAUUGGGACAAGUCCCGAAUUUGAAAUGGCAUUGUACUCCACUUGUUUUCUUAUACGACCUGACAAAGUAUGUCCGUUGCAAUUAGAAGGAAAGAAAUUUACAAUAAGAGUGUUCACUUUCAAUUCCCAAGGGAAGAAGUUGAUAGGCAGCGCUUUUCCGGAAAUAUAGGUACGCUACGUGUUAGCGUUGUGAUACAUUAAGCUUUACACAAUGUAACUAGGCCAAAUUGUAAUGUGACCUGUUUAUUAAUAAAUGACUUUUAUAACGCAA